AUGCGAUCUCGAGGUGGUGGCUGUUCACCUUUCUCGGAAUCCGAAUCCUGCAACGCAGGUGUCUGCAGGUGUGAGGAGUGGACACAAUGGGGCACAUGCUCGGCCACAUGCGGUGGUGGUGCUCGCUCGAGGUCACGGACGGGUGCUUGCCAAUCCUUCACAGAGUCCGGGGCUUGCAGCCAGACAGUCUGCCCUGUUCCGACCCCCCCUCCGCCUACUUGCAGUGGGUGGGGUCAGUGGUCGGCUUGCAGUGUGAGUUGUGGCGGCGGGACACGUUCUCGGACCCGUUCGGGAUCAGGUUGCACCUCCACGGAGCAGUCCGAAGCCUGUAGCACGGAGGCCUGCCCCAACACACCAUCCUCGGUCCAAUGCGGCACGUGGCAGCCUUGGAGCCCGUGCACCGCCACUUGCGGAGCUGCGAGCCGGAUGCGGAGCCGCGGCGGUGAGUGCCAGCCCUUUGUCGAGUCAGAAGACUGCGGUCUUCCCACCUGCCCAGCGCCCAGGCCCCGACCUCCCACACCCACCCCAUCCCCCACGCCAUCCCCCACCACCACGACCUCCACUAGCACCACCACAACGGCACCAACGUCGACGGCGAGCCCGAGCCCAUCUCCAAGCCCGAGCCCCUCCCCAUCAGGCUCAAUCAGUCCAAGAGCUUCCGUGGUGGAGGUGAGGGUCCGCAUUUCCGCAGACUUUGCCGAAGCCAGCCGUGACCUUGAUGGGUUUCGGUCGGGCUUCAGAAAGGGCGUUGCUGACGCCGGUGGCAUUUCUGAAGAUCGCGUCAUCGUGCGACAGAUCUCUCAGGGAUCCAUCGUCGUGGACUUCGUCGUCGUUGGCGCAAGGACUCCCGAUGAAUCAGCGGCAUCCAUGGCCGUCCAGGAAGUGGAAAGCAAAAUGCGGGAUGCGACUUACAGCUGGCCGUCGGCCAUCCAGACCGUCAUGGCCUCCGGUGUUACGGUGGAGUCCCGUGCCACGCGAGACAUGGACCAGGAACAGUUGGAUGUCAUGGCGAUGCAGACGAGUGGAACAGUCUUCAUGACUCCACUGGACGGCUACCAAGCGCCUGCCGACUGCUCCUGCGUCGAGGGUGCUGGCGUUACCGCAGGUUGCGCGAAGCACAAGGGCCUUUCGCCACC